CUGGCAUAAACCUCAAUGGGAGAAGAAAAUCAAACAUUUGUGACUGAAUUUAUCUUCCGUGGUCUCUCGCAGGAUUUACAGACCCAGAUCCUGCUGUUUAUUCUUUUUCUCUUCAUUUAUCUGAUGACGGUGCUUGGAAACCUGCUCAUCAUCGUCCUCAUCUUCACGGACUCUCAUCUUCACACCCCCAUGUAUUUUUUCCUUAGGAACCUUUCCUUUGCUGACCUCUGUUUCUCUACAAGCAUCGUCCCUCAAGUAUUGGUUCACUUCUUGGUAAAGAAGAAAAGUAUUUCUUUUGUUGGGUGCAUGACACAGAUCAUUGUCUUCCUUCUGGUUGGCUGUACAGAGUGUGCACUGCUGGCUGUGAUGUCCUAUGACCGCUACGUGGCUGUCUGCAAGCCCCUGCACUACUCCACCAUCAUGACCCAACAAGUAUGUCUCCAGUUAGCCAUCGGCUCCUGGGCCAGUGGGGCUCUAGUGUCUCUGGUUGAUACCACCUUUACUUUCCAACUUCCCUAUCGAGGACAGAAUAUUAUUAAUCAUUAUUUUUGUGAACCUCCUGCCCUGCUGAAGCUGGCUUCUGCAGACACUUACAGCACAGAAAUGGCCAUCUUUGCCAUGGGUGUGGUCAUCCUCCUAGCUCCUGUCUCCCUGAUCCUUGUCUCCUACUGGAAUAUAAUCUCCACUGUGAUGCAGAUGCAGUCAGGGGAAGGGAGACUCAAGGUGUUCUCUACCUGUGGCUCCCAUCUUGUUGUGGUGGUCCUGUUCUAUGGCUCAGGAAUAUUCACUUACAUGCGGCCCAACUCCAAGACUAUAAAAGAACGUGAUAAGAUGAUAUCUGUAUUCUAUACAGUGGUGACUCCAAUGUUGAAUCCCAUAAUUUAUAGCCUGAGAAAUAAGGAUGUCAAAGGAGCUCUCAGGAAACUAGUGGGAAGAAAGUCCUUUUCUCAGAGACAGUGA